AGGUUGUGACGAAAUGCCUGUGAUAUUUGCUCUCAGCGGUCAUCUUUCCGCUGCUGUAUUCAACAAGCGACAUUUUCGUGUUGGAGGGUUUCGGGUACUUGGGUAUAUAACGCAGGUUUGUUCUGUGUUUGUCAAUCAAUCACAACAUUGGUGUGGUGUGGAGACUGAAUUGAGUCGGACUUCACUUGACGAGAACUUUGCGCCGUAAAGUGUUUGCCAGAGACCAGCUUCUUCUAUCUUCGUCCAGCAUGAGGCGACCUAUGUCCACCCUCCUGCCCCUCCUUCUGCUGGUGUUGGGAGUUGCCCUACACUCGAGCAUCGCCGCGUCCACACAGCGCUCUGAAGACCCAAACAGCGUCACCUCAAACGGCGGCAGUCAACAAGAGGAGCAACAAGACAACACACCAGAUGUAGCCGCGUCUAGUCAGGGACCUGCAGCGAGCCUGAGUUCUUCCCAGCUCUCUCUUCCACAGCCUGCGCCGUCUGCUGAAAGUGAUGCCAGGCCUGACUAUUCUGUGUCUGUGGUCAAUCUUGAAAAGCAGGACCCCGACGUGCUGCCCCCUGUGUUCGAGAAGAUUGUGGAGAAGCUCUUCGAUGAGUACGAGAGAGAAGAUCUGAGCCAACAGGGAGAAGGGGAAAGCCAGUCUCGGCAGAAGCGACAGGCGGGGUAUGGGGGUUACGGAGGAUCUGGGGGUUACGGAGGAUCUGGGGGUUACGGAGGAUCUGGGGGUUACGGUGGUUACGGAGGGUACGGGGGUAGCAGUCGGCAGCUUCUGGGUCAGCUAGCCUACAACCUCGGCCAACAAGGGAGUUCACACGGUCAAGGUUACGGCCACAGCCAAGGCUACGGUAAAGGUUACGGCUAUGACCUCCAGCCCCACUACGGAGCCAAGAUCCCACAAGACGUGAGCUACGGCUACAGUCAUGGCAAGAGCCCGAUGAUCUCUUUUGUCAAAUCCUUCAAACCCGGCAAGACAUACGUGGACAAGGGUCACGUGGUGCGCAACUAUUACCGUUAUGGCAACUACCAGGUGGCACUGCAACACUACAAGCUCAUACCCACGGUCAAGGUCAUUCCUUACACCAGUUACCACAAAAUUCCCUACAAAGGUCACGUGCAGGUCAAGAACAGUUACAAGGCGUAUAUCUGCAAAGACUGUUACCAUGGUUACCCCAAGAUUGAUGUCUAUGAAGACAAGAAGCCCUACAGCUACAUGGUCCGGCGUUUCGUCUAUCUGCCCAAGUCCUACAAUAUCAAUAGCUACGCCCAUGGCGAUUCCUACGGCCACGGUGAUUCUUAUGGUAGUGGCGAUUCUUACGGCCACGACGAUUCUUACGGCUAUGGCGGGUCGAGCUACGGUGGGUCCAGCUACGGAUACGGCGAUUCCUAUGGUCAUGGUGAUUCUUAUGGAUCUGGCGGAUCCGGCUACGGCCAUGGCGAUUCUUACGGAUCUGGCGGAUCCGGCUACGGCUAUGGUGAUUCUUAUGGUCAUGGUGGAUCCGGCUACGGCUAUGGCAACAAGUAAAGAAAUGACUUUGAAACUAAGAAUACCAUUGACAAUGUAACCUUGCCGCUUCCGUGGAAAUCAAAACCAAUUCAGUUGAUUGCUAAUGGUUUUUUGCUUGUUAUUAUUUAAACUUUUGUUAUCUUGUUUUCACAGCUUCGUUUUCACAAAUAUAACACAUUCCUUGUGCAGUGUUGACAGUUUUCAUGACCUGACAAGUCGAUUAAUGAAAUAAAAUAUCACAUUUAAAAA